AUUAUCUACGAAUUCUUAUGAAACAUUUUUUUUUUUAAAAAGAUGAGGCGCUGGGGGUGGAUCCCAGAGCCUGAGACCCUUCCGCUGAACGGUGAUCCCAGCUCAAAUCCAUCGUAGUUCAAAGGUGGUUGCCAUAUGGUCAGGCCUGUGUCCUGUGAUACUUGGUACCUUGCUUGCUUGAUGGUCACUGUGGCAAUUGACAGAUAGGAAACUUAGAACCAGCCACAAUGAACAAAUCAGUCUACGACUCUGCCUGUUCACUGUGGGUGUGGCAUUGUCUGCACUGUCCCAACUGUUAGACAUUCAGCAACCCACUUUGUCAGGGUGCUUUUCUGGCUCUUUUUGUUUUGCUUUUGCAGCCAGGGUCUUGCUAUGUUGUCCAUGCGGUGGCAAACUCCUGAGCUGGGACUGUAGGCUCCUGCCACUGUGUGCAUCGUGAAGCACUGUCUCAUUUGAUCCAAAUGUAUUGGUACCAUUUUACAAAGGUCACUCCGAUAGGUAUGAUAUCCUGGCACUUGGUGCCAAGUGUGUCAAAUGUUCUGUAACACUCUCUAACUUCCUAGUUCAUCAGCUUUAACCUUUCGAAGAGAGCAGCCUAGCUCUUAGUCUGGUUAUUGGAUGCCCACAUCCCCAAAAGCAGGGGCACUCUGGACCUAUUCUGUGUUGUUGGCCAGUACAACUUCCGGGACUGUGUGCUCUGCUCUAGUCCACACAGUGGAGGGAACCUCUUCUUUUCAGUCCUGUCCCUCUGUGGUCCCACAACUCUGCUGAUGGCGACACAGUGAGACCCUCACUGUAAGGAGCUGGUGGUGAAAGUAGCAUGGCUUUUCACCAGUACCCCUCUUUCAUAACCCUGCUGCGGGCACAGGGCAGUCUCCAGCAAUACCUUCCUUUGUGUAGCCAUGGGACUGACGUCCCUGAGUGGCUUCUGCCGAACUGUAGUGCUUCAGACAUGCUUGCCAGAUUUCAGGUCACUUCAGUUCCCUAUACCAGAAACUGGUUACAUUUUAACCAGUUUGCUGACAAGUACCUUUCCCAUACCCAGCUGCUAUUUGCACAGGACAUAAAAGCGUUUUUUCCGUGGGAGUCCAUUAAAAUGUGACAAAGGCAGAGUCUAGCCAUUCUUGACUUUACCAUCUUGGUUAGGGAUUAUCCAAGCAUCCAGGUGAUGUAGGCUUUCUGGUCAUCCCUUCGCUUGCACAGGUGAGACACAGGCACAGGAGCUUGCCCAAGGACACGCUUCUAACUGGAUGCUGGUUUGAGGGGUUGUCUGUCGUGUAGGAUUUUCCACAAAUUACAAGUCAGUUCUUUCUUUCAUUUGGAGCAACAGAAAUAAGCCCAGCUUUUCUGAAUCUUGGAUAUAAUGCUAUUGUUUUGCCAGUAUUAACUUACAGUCAGUUUAGCCAGGAUUAAGCUGCUCUUGGGCCUGCUUCCUCACUCUAUGGAUGUAUAAUGUUGUUUCCAUGGGGACAGUGGGAAAAGCGGCUCCCACACGUGCCCAGUGGCCUGACCUUCUGCCCACUCCUGUCUGCCUCAGUUUUGUGAUGGUCAACAGCGUCGCCAUGGAAGGGGAUGGUUGUAGCAUCUGCUCUGAAGCGGAAGCUGAACUCAGAGAGAUUUCUCGUAAACUGAAUUGCUCCCGAGAGCAGGUGCAAGGAUCCAGCCAGUGUGAAGGUGAGCAGCGGCUCCCCUUUUCCGCCCCCGUGUUGCUGCAGCACUACCCGCUCUACCGGGCCAGUGAUGCUAACUGUUCUGGUGAAGACGCCGCUCCUCCAGAGGAAAAGAAUGUCCCCUUUAAGGAGAAAUACGAUGUUCUUUCUCAAGAGGCCUCACAAAAGGUGUGUGUGUGUGUGUGGUGUUGUGACCGCAUGCCCGUGUCACAUGGGGACAGCAGUAUGAACACACAGGGCCCUUGUGCUAACUAGCUUCAUGAAGGGGAGGGCUUGGACACCAUUUCAGAUGUCAGCUCAAUCGCUUUGUUCCUUUUCUCUUUGGUAGAUCCACUAUUUUUCCUAAUCUCAAUUAAAAUUACAUUCUCAACUAAUCUUUACACUAAACAUUUUUAAGUCAACUUAAAUGAAUU